CCUCUAUUCAAUUCAAACCAUUCCUCUUCAUUCAAUUCAACACUAAGGUGCCUAGCUAACCAGAACACCAUAAUAGGAAAGAUUGGCACCAACUCCAUUAAACCUACUCCUUUCAAAACCUCGAGCUAUAUAUGCAUCUACAGAAACACACCCUUCAAUCCAUUAUCCACAACUCUAUACAAGAAACUUUCCAACCCCCACAUCUUAAUUCCCUCACAUUGUCACAUGGAAGCUCACAAAAUGUUCUCAGUCACCCACCUACUAUUCCUCACCCUCACCAUUUUAUCUGCCACCUCAGCGCGAACUCUCGAGGAGCAGCCACUGGUUCCUGUUGUGCCUCUGGUGGUGUCGAAUACAAUUGGCACACCUUCCAUCAAUGCUGCACCAGUUGUCACACCUUCAGCUUCACAGCCUGCCACUGUGGCUGAUGCUGAUGACCACCAUUCCUUAGUCUUCUUCCUGCACGACAUUCUAGGUGGCACGAACCCCUCAGCUAGAGCCAUGACAGGGAUAGUCAACAGCCCUGCAGUCAAUGGACAAGUGCCAUUUGCCAAACCAAAUGGAGCAGUCCUGCCAUUUAACAAUGGAAUACCCCAGAACAACAACAACAACGGUAUUCUAAGCAACAACAACAUCCCGUUUCUCACUGGACUUAGUGGAGCAACGCAAAAUGUGGUACAAAACAAUAACAACAACAACAACAAUUUCAUCAAUGGUGGGCAGCUCUUUCCAGGAGGCUCCACACUCCAAAACCUCAUGUUCGGCACAAUGAGUGUGUUCGAUGAUGAGCUAACUGAAGGGCAUGAGCUCGGGUCUGGUUUGGUUGGCAAGGCACAAGGGUUCUAUGUGGUGAGUUCUGAAGAUGGUACGAGUCAGACUAUGGCUUUCACUGCUAUGUUUCAAAAUGGGGGUUAUGCUGAUAGCCUUAGCUUCUUUGGGGUCCAUCGUGUGGCUGCGUCAGAGUCUCACCUGGCUAUCAUGGGUGGCACCGGAAAGUAUGUUGAUGCGAAAGGGUUUGCCAUUGUUAAGACAUUCCCGGCUACCAAUGAGCAUCAAACUGAUGGAGCAGAGACCUUGUUGCAGUUCACUGUUUAUAUUACUUACUAGUAUGUGUGAUUGAGUGCAUUUUUCAUUUUCAAGUUUGACAACAAUUGUAAUUUGCAUUACCUGUGAUUUUAGAGAAAUGAAAUUAAAGGAUUCCAAUUUGUUUUCUGUAACAUAUAUUAUGCAAAAUUGAGACUUCUGCUCCUUAAAUACAGAACUGCGUAUCAAUUGUUGGUUCGUCAACUUUAUUUCAGGGUAUGAAAUUAUGAACAUAUAAAGUAUUGCCAGACUUGCUCAACUAAGAUGAAGCAAUGCUACCAUAUAAAACAGAAAAAAUCGUGCAGUCUUAGAAUCAGUUUAUAUCAAUGAAAAGCAUUUCCAGCCAGAAAUGCAGUU